CUCAACAUAAUGCAUGAAAAGAGCCCCAAUUCUUGGUAUAAGUUUAUCUAUUCAUGGGGCUGAAAAGCGUGUUCAAAUCUAUCAGAGGAGAAGUGCAGGAAGUCAUCCAUUGUCACAUCGUCUGCCUGUGGUUAGGCAUUCUUCACUCCCACAAGUCAGAAGGUCAAUAAAAAUGGAAGCUUCAUCUUCUGGAUCUAAUAUACCAGCAGUUACUAAUGGAAAAACAAAAAUCCAUCAUGCAGAAGGAACAGAGGACUUACAAAGUAACCAGUUGGAAGCGCAAAUUUGGACAAAGCCAGACAUCCAGAAGAGAGACGUGGACUUUUCAGAAAUUCUUAAUGCAAUACAAGAAAUAGCUAAGGAUGUGAACAUUUUUUUUGAUGAGUUAGAAGGAGUAAACAGCCCUUCCAAAGAUGAUGACUCUCUGCUUCACCAUGGUAAUUUGACCAGUACUUCAGAUGAUGCCAGCAGAUUGGAAACACUUCGAGAGGGAGUACCUGAUAAGAACAAAUCCAAUGGGCUAUAUUUUAGGGAUGGAAAAAGCCGGAUUGACUACAUUCUGGUGUACAGAAAAUCUAGCCCACAAGCAGAGAAGAGGGAGGUAUUUGAAAGAAAUAUCAGAGCAGAAGGAGUGCAGAUGGAGAAAGAGUCAUCUUUAACAAACGGUGACAUCAUCUUUGUGAAGUUGCAUGCACCAUGGGAGGUCCUGGGCAGAUAUGCAGAGCUAAUGAAUGUAAGAAUGCCUUUCAGGCCCUUUAACCCCUUCACUGCUGGAGCCCCCUGCAUACUCGUGCGCUGCUGUUUUUUAAAUGGACAUGUCAUUGAAAUCAAUGGGCAGUCGAGACGAUCCAGGAGAAAAAUCUAUUACCUGCACCGCCGGCACAAGUUCAUGAACAGGAUCGAGAGACAUAUCAGCAGGUUUCGAGGAUGGUUGCCUAGAAAGCCUAUGAGACUGGACAAGGAGACACUGCCAGACCUAGAGGAGAAUGACUGCUACACUGCCCCUUUCAGUCAGCAAAGGAUCCAUCACUUCAUCAUACACAACAAAGACACUUUCUUCAACAAUGCUACAAGAAGUAGAAUAGUACAUCAUAUUUUACAAAGAGUGAAAUACGAAGAAGGGAAAAACAAAAUUGGUCUGAAUCGAUUGCUUACUAAUGGCUCCUAUGAAGCUGCAUUUCCUCUUCAUGAGGGAAGCUACCGAAGUAAAAAUUCCAUAAGAACCCAUGGAGCCGAAAACCACAGACAUCUGCUUUAUGAAUGCUGGGCCUCGUGGGGAGUGUGGUAUAAAUACCAGCCCUUGGAUCUUGUUCGACGGUAUUUUGGUGAAAAAAUUGGCUUGUAUUUUGCCUGGUUAGGCUGGUACACAGGAAUGCUCUUCCCAGCUGCCUUCAUUGGAUUGUUUGUCUUUUUAUAUGGAGUCACAACGUUGAACCACUGCCAAGUCAGUAAAGAAGUCUGCCAAGCUACAGAUAUUAUAAUGUGUCCUAUAUGUGAUAAAUACUGUCCCUUCAUGAGGUUGUCAGACAGCUGUGUUUAUGCCAAGGUAACUCACCUUUUUGACAAUGGAGCUACUGUCUUUUUUGCUGUUUUCAUGGCAGUGUGGGCAACUGUUUUUCUGGAAUUUUGGAAAAGGCGACGAGCAGUGAUUGCUUAUGAUUGGGACUUGAUAGACUGGGAAGAAGAAGAGGAAGAAAUACGUCCCCAGUUUGAAGCCAAGUACUCCAAGAAAGAACGGAUGAAUCCCAUAUCUGGAAAGCCAGAGCCUUAUCAAGCAUUUGCAGAUAAAUGCAGCAGACUUAUUGUUUCUGCAUCUGGAAUAUUUUUUAUGAUCUGUGUGGUGAUUGCUGCUGUUUUUGGCAUUGUUAUUUACCGUGUUGUGACUGUCAGCACUUUUGCUGCCUUUAAGUGGGCUUUAAUCAGGAAUAACUCUCAGGUUGCAACUACAGGGACUGCAGUGUGCAUCAACUUUUGCAUCAUCAUGCUACUGAAUGUGUUGUAUGAAAAAGUUGCUCUUCUUCUGACAAAUUUAGAGCAGCCUCGGACUGAGUCUGAGUGGGAGAACAGCUUCACUUUGAAAAUGUUUCUUUUUCAGUUUGUUAAUCUGAACAGCUCUACCUUUUAUAUAGCAUUCUUCUUGGGAAGAUUUACUGGACACCCUGGUGCCUACUUGAGGCUGAUAAACAGGUGGAGACUGGAAGAGUGCCACCCUAGCGGAUGCCUUAUUGAUCUCUGUAUGCAAAUGGGUAUUAUAAUGGUGCUAAAGCAGACCUGGAAUAAUUUCAUGGAGCUGGGCUACCCGUUAAUUCAGAACUGGUGGACCAGGAGGAAAUUACGACAGGAACAUGGUACACAGAGAAAAGCAAGCUUCCCACAGUGGGAAAAGGACUACAAUCUUCAGCCUAUGAAUGCUUAUGGACUCUUUGAUGAAUACCUAGAAAUGAUUCUUCAGUUUGGAUUUACAACCAUCUUUGUGGCAGCUUUUCCACUGGCACCACUGCUGGCCUUACUUAACAAUAUUAUAGAAAUCCGGCUUGAUGCAUACAAAUUUGUCACACAGUGGAGGAGGCCAUUAGCCUCAAGAGCCAAAGAUAUAGGAAUCUGGUAUGGAAUUCUGGAAGGCAUUGGAAUUCUCUCUGUUAUUACAAAUGCAUUUGUAGUAGCUGUGACUUCAGAUUUCAUCCCUCGACUUGUUUAUGCUUACAAAUAUGGACCUUGUGCAGGGCAAGGAGAAGCUGGACAAAAGUGUAUGGUAGGCUAUGUCAAUGCCAGUCUAUCUGUGUUUUUGGUGUCUGACUUUGAAAACCGUUCGGAACCAACAUCUAAUGGAAGUGAAUUCUCUGGCUCACCAUUAAAAUAUUGCAGGUACAGAGACUAUCGAGACCCUCCUCAUUCCCCAGUGCCCUAUGGCUACACGUUGCAAUUCUGGCAUGUCUUAGCAGCACGGUUGGCUUUUAUUAUUGUAUUUGAGCACCUUGUCUUUUGCAUAAAGCACCUGAUUUCAUAUUUAAUCCCAGACCUUCCAAAAGAUCUGAGGGAUCGGAUGAGGAGAGAAAAGUACUUGAUUCAGGAAAUGAUGUACGAAGCAGAACUGGAGCGUCUGCAGAAAGAACGGAAGGAGAGGAAGAAAAAUGGAAAAUCUCAUCACAAUGAAUGGCCAUGACUGGCAAACCCACAACAGUUUAACAUGACAAAACAAAUAAAGGGAAGCAAAGAUACAAUCUGCUGCUGAUUGCUUUUGAGACCAGUUUUCAACACUGCUACGUUUUGUUGAUUUUUUCAUUACUUUAAAUUGCUAAGAAGUGCUUUGGGUCUGCUGAAAAAGAAACCAUGAGCUAGCAUUGGAAGUUGUCAAAGUUGGCUCACCUUGAACCUGAUCCUGCAAGAUCCUGAGACCUUCCAGAAAAUUGCUGAACUGCCUCCAAUUUCAUUAAUUUGUCCACUCAGCACCUCACAGGAUUGAACUCUGCCAUUCUGCACAACAGAGUUUCCCUUUGUCAUUCAUUGUUAUACAACGCUUCAAACAAGCAAAAAAUAAAAAUAAACAUUCACUCAUGUGGAGGAGGUUAAUUCAAAAGAAAAAGAUAUAAUGAACAUUGUAGCAUUCUAAUGACAAACUGAAUUGUCCAGUUUUCUAGGCAGCAAAUGCACACCUGAACUGUGAUUCUGAUCUGCUAUUGUUUUUGUUUAUGGCUCCAGAUGAUGGACCUGUGUUCUGUUUACUUAUCCCAGCUCAACAAGAGCACUACCUUGAAGAGAAUGAAAAAUGCAACCUCAAUGCAUGCCACAGACAUUUUACAUAACAAGCAGGACAGCACGUCAAAGGAUUUACUGUGAAAUCAUUUUGCAAUCCAGCAUAUGACUGACAUCCAUAGACCACUUGCAACAGAGCUAGCAUGUAUUUCAUGGGCAGUUGUUCUCAAAUUUUUAAAACCAAGGAAAAAUUGUAUACUGGGACUGUUUUUUCAACCUGUUUGGUACGUUUUUUGCAUUCUGUCCCAUGUGCGUUUUACACAACUUAGAAUAAUAAAUAUAAAUUUAAAACAAAAUGCUCUAACAAAAAAAAUGCCCAGUAUUACAGUACCAUCAAUUUUCAAGAAACCAAAUAAUACAACUACAAUCCUGUUUACAAAUGAGUUCUUUUUUUAAUUUCAGAUCUUUGUGAGGGGACUUAUGUUAUAUACCAUAUAUAUAAUAUAUAUAAAGUAUAUAGAUUGUUUAUUUGUAAAUAGCAACAACAAAACCAACCAGCCCGAUGGAGAAGAAUGUCAAAUUUUCGCACCUAUAAAAACAUCAUCAACAUAAAGCCAUGUUUAACGCU